AUGUCUGGCAUAACUUCUGCCACCGCGUCUAUCACGCCUCCGACACCCUUGCACCUCCUUCGCUCACAUACUUCUCCAGUAAGCGCGAUCGCUUGGUCCGAUGACAAUGAGCGAAUAUACUCUGCGGACGCCUCUGGCAAGGUAAUUGUCACGUCGACACGUUCUCUGCGCGCUAUCGCGUCCUGGAUGGCACAUACAGACUCCAUACUCGGUGUUGAAGAAUGGGGUGAAUCUAUUGUAACCCACGGCCGUGACAACAAACUUCAUGUUUGGCAAAGAAUUGAAGAGCUCCCAGCGUCGGCCAGGAUCGGUGGUUCUGCUGGAUUGCCAGAUCUUCCGACCCCUACGCACCGUUACUCGAUGGAUGUUAAUGCUCUCAAUUUCUGUCGAUUCUCUUUGCUGAGACUCCCAGAUGUGGCCGAGGAGAACUCUAAACAAAAAGCACUUAUAGCGCUUCCAAACUUGAUAGACUCAACUACAGCAGAUGUCUGGUCGUUGCCCACUAUAGAUCGGUUGCAUGCUGCUAUUGGGCAAGAGACAAAAAUUUUCCCUUCAUCGAAUGCAACAGGACGAAAUAAUUCAGGAAUCAUAAUGUCGAUGCAUCUUUACCAACAAAAUUACACCGACGCGCAAUCUCCUGCAUCGGAUCACAAAUGCCUUAGACUCCUUAUGGCCUACGAAAACGGAAGUGUCGUACUGCGGGAAUACACACGGACUUCCAAGGAGGUUUCAAUCGAAGGUGAGGGAUGGGAUAUACUUUGGAAAUCAAAGCUUCACGUUGAAUCAGUCAUGGCAAUGAGAGUGUCUCGAGCCAAUGAUUUUGCAUUGACGGUGUCGGCAGAUCAUAUUAUUGGUCGUUACGAUCUGAGGGAUCAACAUCCACCAUCCGAAGAGCAUGCUACCGCAUUUCGUUCAAAACAUGCUGGAAAUGGAUCCAUAGCAAUUAGGGAUGAUGGUAGGGUAUGUGCAGCUGGAGGUUGGGAUGGAAAGAUUCGAUUAUAUUCAACGAAAUCCUUCAAAUCUCUCGGCACAUUGAAGUACCAUAAAUCAGCAUGUCAAUGCAUAGAAUUCGCUCGGGCGUUUACAGCGCCGUCACUCAACAAAUUGACUCAGAACGAAGAAGACGACGAGUAUGAAGACUUUAGCGUUGAAGAAAUGAGCGAAAGAUCUCGGUGGUUAGUGGCAGGCGCCAAGGACAAUCGUAUCUCGAUCUGGUCGUUGAUGAGUUUUGAGAAAUAA